AUGGUGCUAAAAAAUAUUGAUAUAUUGCACAAUUUACUCGUGGGCGAUGCUUCUAAAACACCUGUCAUCCCAAUAUGGGCCCAACUUCUUCUCUAUCACCCGCAACGGGACAACGGAAUAGGACUUGCGGGAUUCCGAGGCAAUGUGUUGGCAUAUCUUUCUGAUGUUGAGGUCUCGGGGCUUUUUUAUCUGCGACCUGUGGCGGUUUGCAAGGUGCCUCCCAAGCUUAUGGCCAACAGUCAUGAAGUCACACACCGGACAAUAUUUAACCAUCUACGGCACAAAACGUAUCAUAAUAACAAUUUCGAUUUAGAUAAGUAA